CGCCUCAUUUUAAUUAUACAUUCCUUCUUCAACGACAACUCAUAACAGAUUUAUUUUAUACUCAAGUCAGUUUUAUUUAUUAAACAUCAUUUUCUAUCGUCUAUCUUCUCUUCUUGACCAGAGAGAAGGAAGACGAACAGCCAGGAAAAUAAUCAAUAGCCACGCAAAUCAGUCAGUUCUGUCAAAUUUCAGUUUAAAUUUUUGUUGCUGGUGAAGUGAAUUGAAGUGGGUAUUGGCAAGAUGUGUGAGUGUGACUGCGAGUGCAGGCCCUUGGGUUUUCUGCUCGGACUUCCCUUUGCCCUCUUGGCCUUCCUCGUUUCUAUCGUCGGUGUUUUUGUCUGGAUUGUGGGGAUGAGGCUUAUUUAGUUAGCCAUCAAAGAACAGUGUGUCGACGAGGUAGGGAGAUCUAGACAGUUGGUUUUUUGAUCUACCGGCAGUGAAAUAAAUUGAAGAGGCAGUGGAAAGAUGAGUGACAAUGGUGGGUGCAGGCCUUUGGGGUUUCUAUUGGGGCUUCCCUUUGCCCUUUUGGCCUUCGUUGUUUCUCUUGUGGGUAUUCUAGUUUGGAUUGUGGGGAUUUUAUUGAGCUGCAUAUGCCCAUGUUGCAUCUGCGUCACACUUCUGGUUGAAUUUGCCUUGGAGUUGAUCAAAGCUCCUCUCCAUGUAAUGGAAUGGUUCACGUCACAAAUACCUUGCUGAGAAUACGAGAAUUUUUUCCAGAUCGCCGAAAGUUUCUUUUGUAAAAAGAUUGUAUGUUAGGCUGCGAUCUGGAGGUUAUUCAUCGACUAGAAAUUUGAAUGAACUUAGGCCAUUUGAAGUACCCAUUGGUGCCAAUAAGAUUGAGGUUUUAUUUUGUAAUUAUCUGCAUUCCUUUUAAUAAAACAGUCUUUUUCCA